AUGCAAGAUGAAGACUCCAAACAAAAGCAGACGAUGCCGUUCCCUACGGAGUGGCAGGACUAUUCACCAGGACAAUAUGCGAUGGAAGGCAACCUUCAUUUCGACUUCUUUGACUUUGCAUCCCAUCGGCAUCCACACAUGGCAACGGCACCGAUCUCCGAACCCCCGAGCCUUGGCCAAGCUACGGCGAGCAUGUCCAUGGAGUCUUCCAGAGGGAUGACUCUGCAAAGUUCCAUGUCCUCGCCAAACCCCACUCAAGUUAAAGGGAGGAGAGUACGAACAGGGUGCCUGACAUGUCGUGAGAGGCAUCUCAAGUGCGAUGAAGCUGUGCCCGAUUGUAUGAAUUGCCGGAAACGAGGUCGUGAAUGCAAAAGAGGCGUGCGUCUCAACUUCCUUGAGAUUAAUCUCCACAGCCCUGCUGCUAUACCACAUCCAGAGGAUUGGGCAGUCGAGUUCCAAGACGAAUCACGAGAUAUUGCUUCCGAAUACCGAGGCGGGCUUGGUCGCUACGCACCAUAUUCCCCAGGACUCCAAGAUAGACAUGAUUCGAAGGAAGAAAUACCUCUAGGGGCAGAGAAUCAUCCGACGGAGGCAGGUCCUUCCACUGACCAGUUCCAACCUAGCUCGCAACAGUAUUUCAGUUACACACGGGAUAACACCACACCCAGAGCUUUAGACAACUCGAGACCCCUGCCGGAUGAUGCGAUUAAACUUGAACAUAACGAUGCUGGCCAGGGAAUUAUGAGUGAUGUGUCUAAUAUUGCGACGCCACCUUCGUCGACACGUUCAGUCGUAACCCCAAGGACAGAGACGUUCCCGGAACAGCUGAUAGCGAUGCGGAAUCGUCCUUUAUCACAGCAAGCGGCAGUCGAGGAUAUAACCAAUAUGGCGUUGCCGGAUCUUGGAACAUCGCCUCGCAAUGAGAGACCUCUGCAUGAACAAGCCCAUGAAGAUGAGAAUAUUCAUCUUCCGGCUGUCCGAAACAUCGAGCUGGUGGGCCGUGAUAUCCUCACCUCCGCUGAGGAAGUUCAUUAUAUGCAAGUAUUUGUGGAUGAUGUUGCGAUUUGGAUGGAUUCGUUUAAUAGAGACAAGUACUUCGCCAGAAGUAUCCCGCAUCAUGCCCUCAGGUCAACAAUGCUCUUCAACGCCCUCCUUGCGUGUGGUGUUAAACAUGCUUCUUUGAUGUCCCGGGAAAACCACGACAAGGCCUUAUUCUAUUACAACACUGCAACGACACAGCUGUUAAGGAGUUUGCAAAACCCUGACCGGAAUACUGCCGAGUGUGCAACAACGGCGAUCGUACUGAACGUAUACGAGAUCAUGUCCGAGAAACCUGCCCAUCGAAUGAGCCACAUAGCUGGGUCUCGAGCAUUGGUUCGGGAGUGUGGAUGGGACGCAAGGAGCAACGGCAUCGGGUCGGCCUGCUUCUGGUUGAAUAUUGGGAUAGAGGUUUUGAACUGCCUCGCAGCAAAUUGGCAGACAACAUGGAGUCCCGACGAAUGGGGCAUAGACUUUCCAGACUCCGACAACCAUCAACAUAACGAAGAUGGAGACGAACAGACCUGGGUACACCGGGCACUGUAUGUUGUUGCCAAGGUAACAAACUUUCGUGCAACUGCAGGCCAGUUUGACAACAUGAGCCCACAGGUAGAACAAAACUGGGUUGGUAACCGCUUGUCACAGUGGUAUGAGCUUAAGAAGCUCUGUGACGGUUGGAACACCCGUUGCCCGAGGGCAAUGCAUCCGUUCGGAUACGUGAAAGCAGUAGACUCGACUGGAAACUCGGUGUUUCCUCGUAUAUGGAUGAUCCAACGAGAGGCAACAAUUGGGCAACUCCUAUUCCAUACUGCCCACUGCAUCCUCUUACAAACACACCCAACCGAGUCCUUUAGAUCCUCAGAGAGGUUGCGUGUAUUGCAACUUCACCAUGCGUACCAGGUUUGCGGUAUCGUUGCCCACACCACAGACAAAGGGGUCACUGUAGUUGCAAUCCGAUGUUUGGCAAUCGCGGCUGCUGCGCUCACCAAUCCUGACGAGCAAAGUGAGGUCCUUGAGAUUCUCGAAAGGAUCAAUAACAAAAAUGGUUGGCGUUUAGGUGCUAUAGAAAUGGAGCUCAAGAAAGGAUGGGGUUGGCCAUGUAUGAAGCUGCCCACCUUGAGUCCGAAAACAGAGACUAGCCAUGAACCAGGGGCAUCGGCCACUCGAAGAACCUCGACAUCAUUGACGCCGUCAAGGCUAUCCACGCCGCCAGUAAUGUCCGCCGUGGGGAUGAAAACACCAGUCAACCCAUUGAGUUUUGCCGACUUCAAAUUACCCAACCAUCCAUAUCAGAACUGGUACGAGCCGCCCAGUCGGUCAAAUUCCUUUGAUACAUCGUAA